UAAUUUGCAUUUAUUAGGAAUUUUACAUAUGCAUAUACUUAUUUACAUAUGCAUAUAAGUCAAUAUUUACGAAAUUUAAAAAUAAUUCAAAAAAGAAGAAAAAAUUAAAAUUUCAAUAAUUUUGUAAAAAGAAUUUUCGAAAUUAAGAAUAAUGAUUAAAUAAUUAAUCAUAUGUACUAUGUAGAUAUGUAUAUAUAUAUAUUUUUGAAAUAUAUAUAAUAUAUUAAGAUGUUUUUUUAUUUUAUAAUAAUAUAUAUAUAUAUUUUGAUAAAAAUGAAAAUAAUUUUUUCUUUUAUAAUUACAGGAAAAGAAUACAUAAUUAUGUACCAUAAAUAAAUUUAAUUAUUACAAAUUAAACACAUUAAACAAAUUAAAAUUGCUAAUUAAUAAUAUUCAUUUUUUAUCUUUUUAUCAAGCUCAUAUUUAUGAUUAAACAUCAAAAUAUAAUUCAUAGAUAAAAUUAAAAUCUUUUUAUAGUUUAAUUUACUAAAAUAUGUUUAUCAUUAUUGUUUAAUCAAAUCAUGUAUGGCGGAAACUAUUUAUUAUAUAUAUAUCUAUAAAAUUUUUAUUAGAUUUAGGUUAUUUGAUGUCUCGUCUUAAAUUCAUUUAUUCUUUUCAAUCGUAAUUUUUAAAUUGUAUAUGUACAUAGAUGUCGUUAUAAUCGUAUAACGCAUGUUUCAAAUUGAUCAACCCGGCAAGUAACCUUGAAACUACGUAAAUAACAUUUCCCUUUUAUUAAAAAUUCAUUUAAUACUUAAUAAUAAUGACGCUCGAUAAUUCAUGGCAUGUAAUCAAAACUGCAGCUGCAGAGAAUAAACAUGAAUUAGUGUUGUCAGGUCCGGCAAUUUCUGAAUUGAUUCAAAAAAGAGGCUUCGACAAGUCUUUAUUUAACCUAGAGCAUUUGAAUUAUUUGAAUAUUACUCAAACAUGUUUACACGAAGUGUCAGAAGAAAUUGAAAAAUUGCAAAAUCUAACAACAUUGGUAUUGCAUUCGAAUGAGAUUUCGAAGAUACCUAGCACAAUCGGGAAAUUAGAAAAACUAAAGGUUCUCGAUUGCUCUAGGAACAAGUUGACGUCUUUACCAGAUGAAAUCGGUAAACUUCCACAAUUAACAACCAUGAACUUCAGUUCAAAUUUUUUGAAAUCAUUACCUACGCAAAUUGAUAAUGUUAAGUUGACUGUUUUGGAUCUUUCGAACAAUCAGUUUGAAGAUUUUCCUGAUGUGUGCUAUACAGAAUUGGUUCAUCUUUCUGAAAUCUAUGUCAUGGGAAAUCAAAUAAAAGAAAUUCCUACAAUUAUAAAUCAGCUUCCAUCUCUAAAAAUAAUAAAUGUAGCAAACAAUAGAAUUUCAGUCAUUCCAGGUGAGAUUGGUGAUUGUAAUAAACUCAAGGAACUUCAGUUAAAAGGAAAUCCAUUAUCAGACAAAAGAUUAUUAAAAUUAGUUGAUCAAUGUCAUAAUAAACAAAUAUUAGAAUAUGUAAAAUUGCAUUGUCCUAAACAAGAUGGUUCUGUUAAUUCAAAUUCAAAAUCAAAAAAAGGAAAAAAGGUACAAAAAUUAUCAGAAAGUGAAAAUAAUGCUAAUGUAAUGGAUAAUUUGACACACAAAAUGAAAAUAUUAAAAAUGGCAAAUGAUACACCAGUAAUUAAGGUUACAAAAUAUGUGAAAAAUAUCAGACCUUACAUUGCAGCUUGUAUUGUUAGAAAUAUGAGCUUCACAGAAGAUAGUUUUAAAAAAUUUAUUCAACUUCAAACUAAAUUACAUGAUGGCAUAUGUGAAAAAAGAAAUGCAGCUACUAUUGCUACACAUGAUUUAAAAUUGAUUACCACUGGAGAUUUAACAUAUACAGCAAAACCACCAAAUGAAUUAGAAAUCAAGCCAUUAAUGCGCAAUAAAGUUUAUACUGGUUCUGAACUAUUCAAACAGUUACAAACUGAAGCUGAUAAUUUAAGGAAAGAAAAAAAACGCAAUGUAUAUUCUGGCAUUCAUAAAUAUCUUUAUCUAUUAGAAGGUAAACCUUACUUUCCUUGUUUGUUAGAUGCUUCAGAACAAGUGAUAUCAUUUCCACCUAUAACAAAUAGUGAUAUUACAAAAAUGUCAAUAAAUACCCAAGCAAUAUUAAUAGAAGUAACCAGUGCUUCAUCUUAUCAAAUUUGCAGGAAUGUAUUAGAUCAAUUUUUAAAGGAACUAGUUACUUUUGGUUUAGGAUGUGUCUCAGAACAAGAAAAUGCUUCAAAUUAUCAUAAAUUAGUCAUAGAACAAGUAAAAGUGGUAGACAUGGAAGGUAAUAUGAAAUUAGUAUAUCCUUCAAGAGCAGAUUUAAAUUUUGCAGAAAAUUUUAUAACAGUAUUACGCGAGUAAUAAAUUACUGUAAGUAAUUAAAUUGUUCUUUAAUCUUGAUCUAAUCUGCAUUUUUCUUUCUUAAUCUUUUUAACUAUUAUUUUUUUGAUUGAUAAGUUGUAAAUCUAAAUUAUUUUCAUAUUAUUACUUUUUCAUAAAUAACACAUUAUUUUCAUAUACCAAAUUGUAAUUUUUUAUUUGUUACUCUGUGAAAAUCUUAAGAUUAGUAUGCAAUGUAUAUAAUAUUUGCAUAUUUUAUACAGAAUCUUUUUGGUAUGUAUCAAUAUAAUUAUAUUUUAAUCAUAAUAUUUUUAUACUGAGAUUUGAAUCUAUGUAAAAAUAAUAACAAUAAGUGUUUUAUGUUAUGAAAAUCAAAAACUGGAAAAUAAAUAUUAAAAAAAUUCUACUUA